CGUCUCAGCAGUGAUCAUCUGCCUCUUCCAUAAUAAGACAUCCCCUGCUCCGCGAUUCUUUUCAUGCCACUACUCGUCCCACCUCUCCACUCUCGACGGAUUUUCAACAGCACGUCCUAAACAGCAUGCCUCCCACUCGGGCGCGAGGCUCAGGGAAGAACAAUGGCAGCGCUCGUGCUGCCCCGUAUCAAUUCCCUGAUCAUGACAAGGAGAACCAAGGCCUUCAGGCAAAGCAGAAGGGCCCUGGGGCUAAGAAACCAGGCAACAACGAGCCUGAUCGCUCAGGGCUCCCAGACAACUAUCUCGACAUCCCGCUCGAGGAGAUCAAAGGAGAGGUACCCGUGUAUGAAAAUGCGGCCGCCAUCCGUCGCAAGCUUCAAAGCUUAAUCGACCGCAAAGUACACGUUCCCGGGACAAACAAACCCUUCAACAAGACGUCUCUGUCCAAAGAACUCCAGGCCAUCGCCGAACGCUCCCAUCCCGUUAAAACCUACCAGCACAACGUCAGCAGCGGCGGCCCAAGCCCACAGGCGCUAGCGCGAUUUCUCAAGAAGAGCGGAGGCAUGGGCGGUGGCGAUAGCGAGGCAUACUAUUUUGGAAACAUGCUGCUUGAGAAGCUGCGGAUCUGGAAUGGGGAGAAGAAGACGAAGGCAAGGGAGAAGGCCGAGGUGGAGUUCCCCAACGGCCGGAUGCGAGUCGAUCCGAGCACGUUUCGCAUUAUUUGCAGGGCUAAUGAGGUGCCGUCGCGCUCUGAAGUCGCGAAUUUGGGUCGCUAGAGCCCCGCAGUGCGGUCGGUGUAGUAUGAUCUGGUAUGCGAGAUGUACGAUAUGCUGAGAAGAGAUCCGUUUACUAUACAGUUUCUGCAACGCCGUAUCCAUAUACCUUACAGAACUUCUAACACCUCAUAGC